CAACUACACCAACAGUGGUCAACACAUACAUCCACGUUCGCCAAAACGAUAAUAACCCCAGGUACAGAAAGGACCUGAAGGAGCAAAGAGGAAGAGAGAGGGGAAAGAGGGGCGAAAAGGAUAGAGAGAGGCAAGAGUCACCAGAUACGGAUACACGCGGAGGAAAGCGCGCAAAAAGGGAGGGAAACAGAGCAGUGUUGUCACCAACGGGAAAAAAGGGGGGAAACACCCCUACAAAACAAGCGCUCCCGAUCAUGUCACCACCAGAACACUCCGACAACGCCUCCCACGGCCCCGAUACCACUUAUCCUCCUUCCUCGCCCCAACCCGCAUACACUCAACCAUCGUCAUCACCCUCACCAUACACCCGAAACGACGGCGGCGCCAUCCCAUACCAUGUCCCGGACGGGAACCGUCCGACCUACCCGCCCCCACCUUCCGCGCUGUACCCUCCCCCACCACCACUGCCGCCCGGUUUGCCGCCGACAUUCCACUACCGCCCACCAGAGUUCUACAUUCCUCCCGAAACCCCUUUCCGCAAGAAGCGCCGGAGAUGUCUUUACAUGUACUACGUUCUGCGCCAGGCCGCCCUGGUCUUCCCAUUCGUCUCGCUCGUCCUCACCGUCAACAUUUACGUCUCGCGUCGCGGCCGCUACCUGAACGAUGACACCGAUUCGGCCGAUCCCGUCUACUAUCCCAUGUGGUUGACCGUACCAUUGAACGGUCUCGUCUUUCUAUGGGCUAUCAUAAACCUGCUCUGCCUCCGACGUGCCCAUUACCGCGGCGGCAUCCCCUACCAGAUGCAGUUCGGCGUCGAACUCCUCUUUGCCCUGGCCUCCGUCGUUUGUUUCGUGCUGCUCGUCAUGAACAUGGUGGAGGAGAACGACAUCGCCCAUGAUGUGUAUCCUUAUCAUCGCUACGAGGUGCCCUUGGCUUGUCUGUUAGGGUUACUAAUGAUCACACAAUGGGGACUGGUAGCGAGGGCAUUAUUCGAGGUAAACGUGGAGAAGAAACGGAGAGAGGUGGAUAGCGUGGUCAGUGUAUGAUGAUUUCGCAUUUUGAACCCCUCGGCGCAGAGGACAAGUCCCGGCGCCGGCUGAGGAUUUUGGAUAUGGCCCCGACACUCAAGGCAGAUUGAGAUGAUACCCUUUUUCGUUGCCAAAAAAGCUACACAGCAAAAAGAAUUGGUUUUACUCGGUGCCUUAACCCUAAUAAAUGUCCAGCUAACGGAUAAGCUACUUGAGAGGAGCAAGAUGGACGCACUGCAAUUGAGAGAGCGAUACCUGAGGUACCGUAACCCGAGACUUACACGGACGAUGAGUAGGUAGGUACCUGA